AUGGAGACGAAGCAGCGCAGCGCAGAGACAUGGCGUGCGAGUGCGACGAGCGUGCCGAGACCAAAUGGGAAUCCGGGGGUGCCUGCUAUUCCGCGUCCGGCACAGCCGCACGCGAUCGAUAACGCGUAUGCAGUGCACCGAAGCCUCUGGUGGUGUCCAGCUAAAACUACAGGACGUCAGGACAAGGACCUAGCUGGACGAAUGGCUCGGACCUUUUGGCAGAUCACAGAUGGACUAGGUCCAGCGAGCUUGUACGAGCGUGGGCAAGUGUUUCUACGAGAAUACGACUUGCAAACCAUGGCAUUGGCAUCCAAGCGCACAACUGCAUAUCUCUACUUUGAAUAA